UCACGUGCGUUUUUAAGGCAAAAAACAUGGAAGAACAGUUAGCAGGAUUGGGCAUUGAGGGGUCAAUGGCAGCUGCUUCAGCCAUCAGUUCAAAUGCAGAGAACUAUACUAAUAAUCCAAUGAUUGAGCAGUUGUGGGCUAUAAAAGCCAUCAAAUAUGCAGAGACACACAUGAGACUGUUAAAAGCUGCUGAUGCCAAGUCUUUAUCACUGACAAAAUAUGAUGAUGAAAUGUAUCAGAAAUUGCAAGAGGAUUUUAGUGAUAUUGAUGUUAAAUGCCUUGAUCCAGACUCGAUAAAGUCUGCAGAAGCUAAAGAAAGAUGGCGGCCAUUUUGUAACAGCUAUGAAGAAAUGAUCCAGGACUUUAAUUUUGGCACUCUUUUAAGAAUUGAUCCUUCAAAAGAUUAUUCUGAAGACAAUACAAUUUUGGUGCCCAGGGCUCAGUUUAUAGCAAUUGAAGUUGCUCGGAAUAGACUAGGUCUUAACAGUGUUCAUCAUUCACAAUAAUAAGAAAUAAUUAAUCUAAUUUUAUAACAACAAUUUAAUUUUAAAAUAGCUUCAUUAUUGGAAAGUCA